UUUCGGCUACAGUAGAGUUUAUGUUAUGUACUUUUUUUUGUGUGUGUGAGUGAGUAAUCAGUUAUCAGACAUGGCAUAAUGGUAUAAAACUAUAAAGAAGCUUCAAAAAGGCCAAACAACCCUACUACUAGUUGUUUUUAGUAGCAUAUUUCACUAGCUUUGCACUUCAUUAUUACUCUAUAAUUAUCUUACAUAGUACUAUUAGUAUUAGUAUUACUAUUUUUCAAGAACAUAAUUUGCAACAGCUAAUAUUGAUGUGAAAUUCUUGAUGUCUAUACCCAUAGAGAUAGAGGAGCAUGAUUACAUAGGCAUAUCAAAGGGAAACUGUGAUGAAAAGAGCUGUGUUUCCAUAAUGGAAAGUAAAGAUUUGAACUUUAAGGCAACUGAACUUAGACUUGGCUUGCCUGGUUCUGAGUCACCACCAAAUGGGGUUUUGAAAAAUUUCCCUUCUGGUGCUAAAAGGGGUUUUCUUGACACAUGGGGUUUUGGAUCUGAAGUUGAUUUUGCUAAAAAUAGUGGCUUUGUUUCAUCACCAAAAGUUGGAAACAAGAUUCUUGGUUCUGUUUGUAAUGAGAGUAGCUCUAGCUCUAAGCAGUGUGUUGUGGCUAGUAAUGUUGUGAAAGAGGCAAUUCCAAAGUCAUCUGGACAAGGGGAAGAGAAAAAGGCAGUUGUUUCUAGUACUAAUGGACAUGGGGUUGCUCCUGCUGCAAAGACACAAGUAGUAGGAUGGCCACCAAUUCGAUCUUUUCGGAAGAAUAUGGUUAGUAAUCCACCAAAGACUGAGGAAGGUGCAAACGGUCAGCUAGUAGCAGGUUGUCAUUAUGUCAAAGUCAGCAUGGAUGGUGCUCCGUACCUGAGGAAGGUUGAUCUUACCAUCUACAACAGCUAUACCGAUCUAUCUUCAGCGCUAGAGAAAAUGUUCAGUUGCUUCAAAGCUGGUCAAUGUGAAACUCGAGGCGUUUCUAGCAGUGAUGGACCAAAAGAAAGCAAAUCGACAGAUCUUCUACACGGAUCUGAAUACGUUCUUACCUAUGAAGACAAGGACGGUGAUUGGAUGCUUGUCGGUGAUGUCCCAUGGGAGAUGUUCACUGAGUCCUGCAAGAAGCUGAGAAUCAUGAAGAGUUCAGAUGCAAAUGGCCUAGCUCCAAGAGCCACUGAGAAGUGCAAGGAUCGUUAGAAUCUGCAGUACUCUCGCGCUAUAAACUAUGAGAACUCGAAAUCCAGGUGUUUUCUCCGAUAUCUGUAAGGUAGAAGGCGAAAUUUGGAUUUGAGAGUCGGAGCCAGGAUUUUGAGUUUAUCUGUCUUAGAAAUCUUUAAUGUAACUAUUUGUGUUACAUAUAUUCUUAAUAUGCAAGUGUAUUCUAAUUUCUAGCCUUUGUAGGUAUGCUAUAUGCUAUUUUUCUCCAUGACAAUAUGUAAAUAUGGUUUUACUUUUUGUUUGUUUAUAAAAAGUCUCUUAUCUCUA